AUGAUAUAAGGCAGCAAAUACUACAACCUAAAGCCUAGAGGUUCAUAAAACUGAUUAAUUUUGCCCGCUGUUGGAUAAGGAGCUUAGGCCCCAAGAACAAUAGGAGUUCAACAUUAUUGGUUAAUAUUAGCUUGGGCGUUUUGUUUUCCACCAUGGCAGACACAGACAAAGCAGGGGGUUUUCCUUGCCAGUGGAUUGUGUAGAAUACACUGCCAGUCUCUUGUCUUCUGUUCACCAUGGCUUCUUCUGAUAUCCAGGUGAAAGAACUGGAGAAGCGUGCCUCAGGCCAGGCUUUUGAGCUGAUUCUCAGCCCUCGAUCAAAAGAAUCCGUCCCAGAAUUCCCCCUUUCCCCUCCAAAGAAGAAGGAUCUUUCCCUGGAGGAAAUUCAGAAGAAAUUAGAAGCCGCAGAAGAAAGACGCAAGUCCCACGAAGCCGAGGUCUUGAAGCAGCUUGCUGAGAAGCGGGAGCAUGAGAAAGAAGUGCUUCAGAAAGCGAUCGAGGAGAACAACAACUUCAGUAAAAUGGCGGAAGAAAAGCUGACCCACAAAAUGGAAGCCAACAAAGAGAACCGAGAGGCACAGAUGGCUGCCAAACUGGAGCGCUUGCGGGAGAAGGACAAGCACAUUGAAGAAGUACGGAAGAACAAAGAGUCCAAAGACCCUGCUGAUGAAACUGAAGCCGACUAAUUUGUUCUGAGAACUGACUUUCUCCCCUUCCCCUUCCCAAAUAUCCAAAGACUGUACUGGCCAGUGUCAUUUUAUUUUUUGCCCUCCUGACAAAUAUUCUAGAAGCUGAUGUAGGACUGUAUAGGUAGACCCAGACUGUAUGAUGUUGUUUUAGGGGCUAAAGGGGAGAAACUGAAAGUGUUUUACUCUUUUUCUAAAGUGUUGAAGUCUUUCUAAUGUAGCUAUUUUUCUUGUUGCAUCUUUUCUACUUCAGCACACCUGGUGUGCUGGGUUAAUGGCUAGUACUGUAUUGGCUCUGUGAAAACCUGUUUGUGAAAAGAGUAUGUAGUGGCUUCUUUCAAACUGUUAGAUGCUGAAUAUCUGUUUACUUUUAAAUCCCAAUUCUGUCCCGAUCUUACCAGAUGCUACUGUACUUGAAUGGUUAAUAAAACUGCACAGUGCUGUU